AUGAUUGAUCGGGGUGACGGCCGAGGAUCGGCAAUCGAGAAUGGCCGAGGGUCGGCAAUCGAGAAUGGCCGAGGAUCUGCAAUCGAGAAUGGCCGAGGAUCGGCAAUCGAGAAUGGCCGAGAAUCUGCAAUCGAGAAUGGCCGAGGAUCUGAGCAGAAAUUGAUUAAAACUAUUCAAUUUUAUUCUAAAUCAUUCAAUUCUUCUCACACAAUAAAUACACUGGUGACAGACCAUGGAGGUUGCACUUCAGAAGAGUCUGUUGAUUAUGUGCUUGAUAUUAUCGCUGAGGUAUCUUUUUGUAUUUUUCUGCCGGGGAUGGGCCAGAUUGGGAAGGGCGGUACGAGGGCGAGACUUGGCGUUGGUGUUUUGGAACAUCAAAGAUGGACAGGGUUUUCGCGGAGGUCGCUCCUCGGAUAUCUCCACAACUACAGGUCGGGGAUCUUCCAAAAUCGAGAAGAUUGGUGCAUAUGGCUAGGUCACUUCACCUUACAAUUUGUAUGGCACUCUGGCCCGGGGUUGUGGUGUGGUAGGGGAGAACGGGGGAUAAUCCCACACAGGAGUUUCGAACAACGUCCGGUUCACGUUUGGCUGGAUAACUCCACCACCACACAGGGUAUGCGGUCGGUGAUGGGGUCAGAAUGCUCGUAUGAUCGAGGGCUUUUCGAUGGAUCUAUCGGCGGGUUCUUAUUCGAAAAAUCGAGCGAGUUCGUGGUGAAGCGGUUGAACUGUCUCGCAGUAGAAAUAUCUCUCUUCUGUAACUUAUCAAUAAAUUUCAAAAGUAGUUAG